AUGAGAUCUGGUUUCAAGGCUGCUUUGGCAGUGUCCACGGCCACCCACAAGGCCCCCUGUCGCGUUUGGGCGCCUCUCAGGUACUCGGUCAGAAUGUUAGCUUCAUCGCCAUCAACCGAGGCUGACACCUCAUCGGCAAAUUAUCAACGAGUUUUCGAUCCUACGGUUCUGGAUAACGGCUACGAACGGUUGGACACGUUCGCACGGCGCCACUUGGGCCCCACGCCAGAAGAAACCCAGAAAAUGUUGCAAAGUUUGGGGUACAAUGACUUGGAUGAAUUCUUGUCAAAAGCAGUUCCUCCUCAUAUUCUUUUCAAAAGACAACUUAAAGUGUCACCAGAACACGGGUACACCGAGCUGGAGAUGCUCGAGCACUUGGCUGAGCUUGCUGGAAAAAACAGGAUUGUCAAAUCUUAUAUCGGAAAAGGGUAUGCUGGAACCAGGGUACCUCCCGUGAUUCAGCGCAAUUUAUUGGAGCUGCCUGAAUGGUAUACUUCGUACACGCCGUACCAGCCGGAGAUUUCCCAAGGACGGCUCGAAUCGUUGCUCAAUUACCAGACAAUGGUGUCUUCAUUGACCGGUUUACCCAUGGCCAAUGCGUCGUUGUUGGACGAGGGAACCGCAGCUGGAGAAGCCAUGGCUAUGUCUUUCCACAACUUGCGAGGCAAGAAGAAAAAGUAUGUUGUGGACGCCAAGAUCCACCCACAGACUCUCGGAGUGGUAAGAUCGAGAGCAGGUAAUAUUGGAGUGGAAAUCGUGGUUCUUCCAUUGGACACUCCACAAGGUCUCGACCAGCUCAAAAGUCUUGCCGGAGAAUCUUGCGGUGCUAUAGUGCAAUAUCCAGCUACCGAUGGGUCCAUAACAGACUUUUCAGCCGUAGCAGAAAUCGUCCAUUCUUCCAAAGGUUUACUUGCCAUGGCCACUGAUCUUCUUGCAUUGACUCUUCUUCGCAGUCCAGCGGAAUUUGGAGCCGAUAUUGCUUUGGGAACAUCCCAGCGUUUCGGUGUGCCUUUUGGCUACGGAGGUCCCCAUGCUGCGUUCUUUGCUACCACCAACAAGUACUCUCGGAAAAUUUCAGGUAGAAUUGUUGGUGUGUCAAAAGACCGUCUCGGUAACCCAGCUUUGAGAUUGGCUCUCCAGACUCGUGAACAGCAUAUCAAGCGUGAAAAUGCCACUUCCAACAUCUGUACUGCCCAGGCAUUGUUGGCUAACAUGGCUGCUAUGUAUGCCGUUUACCAUGGUGCGGAGGGACUCAAGAAUAUUGCCAGAAGAGUAUAUGGUUUUACCUCGGUUUUGGCACAAGAAUUGGGACCUCAGGUGGUGAACGAAAAAUGGUUCGAUACCUUGACCAUAAAGGUAGAAAGUUCUACAAAAGUAUUGGACGUUGCCUUGAACGAGUACAAUUUCAAUCUCUUUAAAGUGGACGAAAACCAUGUUUCGUUGACUCUUGACGAAACCACUACUGCCCAGGAUGUGGUGGAUCUCAUUGAGGUUUUCACCGGAAAAAAAGUUACACUUCCAGCAUCGCUUCCUUCUGUUCCUCAACAACUUUUGCGUCAAGACGAGAUUCUCACCCAUCCAGUAUUCAACACCCACCAUUCAGAAACUGCCAUGUUGAGAUAUCUUCAUCUUUUGCAAUCCAAGGACCUUUCUUUGGCCAACUCGAUGAUCCCCUUGGGUCUGUGCACCAUGAAAUUGAACGCUACUGUUGAAAUGAUGACUCUUUCCAUGCCUGGAUUUAGCCAGAUCCACCCUUUUGCACCCAUCGACCAAGCCCAAGGCUACAAAGAGCUCAUUGACGAAUUUGAAAAAGAUCUUAAUGAUAUUACCGGUUUCGAUGCUACCACUUCCAUGCCCAAUUCCGGUGCCCAAGGAGAAUAUACCGGGUUGUCGCUCAUCCGCCAGUACCAUGCUCUGCGCCAAGAAUCCCACAGAAACAUUUGUCUUAUUCCCGUGUCUGCUCAUGGAACAAACCCAGCUUCUGCUGCCAUGUGUGGACUCAAAGUUGUGCCGGUAAAAUGUCUCGGUGACGGUUCCAUUGACCUCGAGGAUCUCGCAGCCAAAGCUAACAAACACCGCAAUGAGCUUGCUGCCAUUAUGAUCACUUAUCCUUCAACCUAUGGUCUUUUCGAGCCCGGAAUCAAACAAGCUAUCGACACCGUCCACCAGAAUGGAGGUUUGGUGUACCUUGACGGAGCCAAUAUGAACGCCCAAGUCGGGUUAACUUCGCCAGGAGACUUGGGAGCCGACGUAUGCCAUCUCAAUAUUCACAAAACCUUUGCUUUGUCGCAUGGAGGUGGAGGACCCGGCCAGGCACCGGUAUGUGUCAAGCAACAUUUGGCACCAUUUUUGCCCAAACACCACUUUGUGGCUACUCCUCACUCCACCAAUGAGUCCAUUGAAGCUGUCAACUCGGCUCCUUAUGGAUCGGCAGCUGUGAUCCCCGUGUCUUAUCUGUACAUCAAAAUGUUGGGAGCGCAAUCGCUUCCUUACACUUCCACCAUCGCCAUGUUAAAUGCCAACUAUAUGUUGAACAGACUUAAGGACCAGUAUAAGAUCAUGUUUGUGGACUCACACGCUUCUGCUUCUGAAGGUUUAAAGCAUUGUGCUCAUGAAUUCAUUCUUGAUCUUCGUGAAUUCAAGUCCUUUGGAGUAGAAGCCAUCGAUGUUGCUAAACGUUUACAAGAUUACGGGUUCCAUGCGCCUACCAUGUCGUUCCCCAUUGCUGGAACCUUGAUGAUCGAGCCCACCGAGUCGGAAAAUCUUGAAGAAUUGGACCGUUUUGUCAAUGCUCUCUUGGCCAUAAGACAAGAAAUCGAAGCGUACAAAAAUGGUGAACCCAUUGGCGGUGUACUCAAGAAUGCUCCUCACUCGUUGCAGGAUAUAAUCUCUACUCCUCAACAAGAGUGGGAAACCAGAGGAUAUUCGAGAGAACAAGCAGCUUACCCAUUGCCAUAUUUAAAGGUUGCAAAAUGCUGGCCAACUGUGAGCAGAGUGGACGAUACUUAUGGUGAUAUCAACUUGAUGUGCACUUGUCCAUCGGUGGAGGAGGUUGUGGAGCAGCAAGAGUAA